UCUUAGUCUAAGCGUUUAUCUACGAAAUUACUUUGGUUCAAACAGAAUCAACUGCAUACCAUCGCUGGCAAGUGAAAAUUCGAUUAUUGGAAAUCAUUACUCAUACACUCAUCCGAAUAUAAAAUUGUUAACAGUAACUAUUUACAACCGAAUCGUCGCUAAAAAUGUCGAAUGCAAUGUACGACGAGAUAUGGCGUAGCACGCAAAAUCUACUGGAAGAGACAGUGCAGCUGGACUCAAUGGUGCAACAAACGAAAGUGCCGCGAGAACGAGCCGAAGUUCGAGGACAAUUAGCCGAGUUGUAUGUACGUUACAUUGACAUUGGCAACAAAAUCGAGGAGUGUUACGAUCAGAUUGUCCAGCCGCAAAAGCGGCCAUUAUUGAAAAGAAUUUUGGAUUCGCUAAUCGGCAGAGUUUUAGAGCUCAAGCAUGAAUUGGUCGAGGUGGAGUUAAGCGAGUAUAAUUAUUGCGAUGACGCAUUGCUUAGUCGAAAAUUAACUCCGGACGAGAUAGAACUGCGAGUGCCCAGAUACUUCAGGAGGGAAAGAGAACAAGAAAUUCUGUCGAGGCGAAAAUUUAUCGAGGAAACGCUGAGAAAUCUCGGCGAACUAGAGGAAAAGCCAGAGUGCAAAAAGAUGGCGGAACUCGAAGCAAUAAGACUGAUACAGGCGCACGAGCGAGCGAGACAAGGCCGCGUGAGAUUCCAGUUCAUGAAGGAAAUUCUGGAGACGAAAGAGAGGUCGACGAUAAGAGCCGAGGCAAGAGCUCCGGACGCUACGACCGGCAUCGCAGCUGCUCUCGAGAUUCAAAAGGUCUGGCGUGGCUACACGACAAGGCGUGGAAUUCGUCAACGAAAACUCGACGAAAUGCUGUUGAUCGGCAUGUUGCAACCGUCGCAAACGAUUUCGAACAAUGCGCGCAAACUGGAGAAAAUCGAGAAAGAACGUUACGAGAAGCAAAAGGAGUUUCAAGAAGUUUACGACGCCUAUACCGUCGAAGCGAAAGAGAGGAUUAGAUUAGAGAAAAGCGCGUUGAUGGAGGAAAAUAUACGAAUCGAAAUUCGCAACUGGAUCAACACGUACUACAAGCAAACUUGUAAAAUUCCGGAGCUUCCGUCGGCUGAGAGCGGCGGUAGUCGCAUAAUUUUUAGCCGACAGGACACAGAAAGUAGAUUGAGUAAUUCGACAAAUCGCUCGUCGUCGAAAGAAUCUAAACGUUCGAAAAAAUCCAGCAAGGGUAAGAAGGACAGCGAAGCCGAGCCAACGUCGGAUGCCGAAUCCGAGCCAGGCUUCAAGCCCGUCCCUUCCAAUUUUCUGCCAGAAUUAAUACAAGCGAACCAGGAGUAUCAAGACGUAUGGCGCGACAAAGACGAGUCGCGGAAUCUCGAGCAAGGGCCCUACCUCGACAUGGUCGACGUGGAAAAGAGCCGCGAGGUCGAAGACGAAGUGCGCGUCGAUGUCGAUCAGGCUUUGAGAGCCGACAUAGAAGCGCUGCAAGCGGCUCUUGAUCGGGACAAAGGCACGAAAGGCAAGCGUGCGAAAAAGGCGCCAAAGCGAGUGCGACGUAGCGGAAAGAAAAACAAACGCAAGAAAGAGAAGGAUUUGACGCCCGAUCGAACGACCGAGUCCCUUUUCGAGGAGCUACUGCAGCAGGGCAUUAUCAAACUCUAUCCCGAAGUACGCAUCGACAGCUUCAAUGGACAAAAGUCAUAUGCCAACUUUGACCUUAGAGCAAAAGGCAGUGAUCCCUUACCCGCUAUAGGCGACACAAGACAAAUCGUCAAAGAAUACUGCAUCCUUCCGCUGGGCAGCGAAGCACUACGAGAAAUGACGCCAUUGGUACGUUCAGUGCUGAUAGCCGGUCCACGCGGAAGCGGCAAACGGAUGCUAGUGCACGCGAUCUGCACGGAGCUCGGUGCGACAUUGUUUGAUAUUACACCGGCCAACGUUGCCGGCAAGUAUCCCGGUAAAUCUGGACUCAUCAUGCUGCUCCAUUUGAUUUCCAAAGUAUCCAGACUACUUCAGCCGUCUGUGAUCUUUAUGGACGGUGCCGAAAAGCCAUUCGUAAAAAAAGUGCCAAAGACAGAUAAAACAGACCCAAAGAGACUGAAAAAAGAUUUGCCAAAGUUCAUUAAAAGCAUAACGAACGAAGACCGUGUGAUUCUAAUUGGAACAUCGCGCAGUCCUUGGGAAGGAGACCAAAAACUCAUUUAUCAGACGUACGACAAAGUUAUUUUUAUUCCAAGGCCUGAUUACGGCUCCAUGUCGCUCGUUUGGAAAAAUCUUCUCUACAAGUAUUCAGGUAUCAGCCGACAAUUCGACACGUCGGGAAUGGCAAAAAUCUGCGAUGGAUUUACGAUCGGAACUGUACUUCAAACGAUAAAUGAGGUAUUAUACGGCAAUUUAAAACCAGUAAUAAAUCGCAUAAGAACAUUGCAUAUAACGAACUUUAUGUCGCAGGUGAUGACGACCAAGCGAAUGGUGCAAUUGAGAGUUCAGCCGCUCACGCACAUUGAAUUGAUAAACGCACUUAGCUCUAAAGAUCCAGUCUACCGAGAAGAGGAAGACGCUUUUCUAAAUUGGUACUCAAAGACGCCGACUUGUAAAAAGAAGCAACGAGUCAUCGAAAUGGAACUAGCGAAGAUGGAGGAAGCAAAUGAGAAAAGAAAGAAAGGAAAAGGCAAGAAAAAGUGAAAAUUCAGACGAGGCAACGUGAUUUGUUCUGUUUCCCCGACUUUUGGCACGUCGUCUGCAGUUUGUAUAUGUAGAUAUUGUUAUUGAUACAGCGGCUCGCAUAAUGAAAACGCAUAUGUAUACACAGUUAAUUAGAGAUCAGCAUACAAAAAGGCUAUGGGCGGUCACUUAAUCCUGCAUGUAUAUGUAAGAAUUCAUAUAGAUAAAUCGACAAAGAUCUAGAAUGAUCUUUCAAAAUGAUUUCUUUGAUUAACAUCAAAACGAUUUUUCAGAGAAAAGCCGCGAUUUUGCCAAAAUAUUGACCUCGAGAAUAACUAUAAAAGGCUUUACAUUAUAGCUGUUCAAUGUUUUCGAAUGCAAAUGCACAGAAAAAGUUCAAUCAGAAUCAGAAUACAAACGACGAUGUGUAAACAAAGAUUUGAACACAUUUUGUUUUAACUAUAUAUAUGUACUAUAAAGCACGUUACAUUUUGCUUUUUUAUGAAUUUGAAUAUGAAUAGUACGAAUUAAUUUGUCUACUCACUUGACGAAUUCUUUAAGCUAGCUCUUAAAAAAGUUCAAGAUUACGAAUUAUUCAUUUUGUAGCGGUUUGUACAGCGAAAAAAAUUAAUGAAUUAUAAAUUGUUAUUGGUGCGAACAUACUUCACUUGCCACAACUAUUGGCGCUUCUAAUUGACCUACUACCGUAAUCGAUAUACAAAAGUAUCGUACAAUUUAACAAUCUGCAUAAAAUUUACGGAACAAACGUGCAAAACGAUUUCAAAAGAUACUUGUGCAGAACAGAACGCUUCGAAAUUUAUAAGUCGUAAUUUAAACAAUAAAAUUUAUGAUUAUCAAUUUUUUUCAAAUGCCCACUGUUUCGGUUGGUAAACCAUAAGAAGGCAGGACAGGCACGAUGACAUUUCCCCGUUUACUGUGCAUGUAUACAUUUUUAGUUAGUUAUAUGCCUGAAUUGUUACUUUGCUGAUUAAGUUCAUAGCAAACUAC